AUGCCUGUCCUUCCGGAGGCGAGGGCGGCGGGACGAGCUGUGGCCCUGGCCCUGGUGCUGCUGUUCCCCGCCGUGCCAGCGGGCGCCGGCGCCCUGCUCCGCCUUCAGCCCAGCAUAACUGUCUACUACACGGGCUACAGGCAGGUGUACGCCAUGGAGGCCCAGACCGUGCUGAGGUGCUGCCCAGGGUGGAGCCAGCAGCCCGGCCACCAGGGCUGCCUCUCCGCUGAAUGCAGCGCUGGUCUCUGUUUCAAUGGUGGCAACUGCGUGCCCGGCUCCGCCCAGCUGUGCCACUGUCCUCAAGGCUUCCAGGGUCCCCGCUGUCAGUAUGAUGUGAAUGAGUGUGCCGCCGGCAACGGGGGCUGUGAAGGCCUGUGCUGCAACACCAUAGGAGGCUUCUACUGCCGCUGCCCCCCCGGCCACCAGCUGCAGGGAGAUGGCAAGACCUGCCGAGAUGUGGAUGAGUGCCUGAUGCACAACGGCGGCUGCCAUCACAGGUGUGUGAACACGCCAGGCUCCUACCUCUGCGAGUGCAAGUUCGGCUUCCGGCUUCACGCGGACGGCAGGACCUGCCUGGCCAUCAACUCCUGUGCCAUGGGCAAUGGUGGCUGCCAGCACGACUGUGUCCAGCUCACGGUGACCCAGCACCGGUGCCAGUGCCGGCCUGAGUUCCAGCUCCAGGAGGACGGCAAGCGCUGUGUCCGGAGAAACCCGUGUGCAGACCGGAACGGUGGCUGCAUGCACACGUGCCAGGCGCUCCGGGGCCUCGCCCACUGCGAGUGCCACGCAGGAUACCGGCUGGCCGCGGACCGCAAGGCCUGCGAAGACGUGGACGAAUGUGCCACGGGGCUGGCCCAGUGUGCCCACAGCUGCCUCAACACUCGCGGGUCCUUUAAGUGUGUGUGCCACACAGGCUACGAACUGGGGGCCGACAGCCGGCAGUGCUACAGGAUUGAGAUGGAGAUUGUGAACAGCUGCGAGGCCAACAAUGGCGGCUGCUCCCACAGCUGCAGCCACAGCAGCGGGGGGCCCCUGUGCUCCUGCCCCGGAGGCUACGAGCUGGACGAGGACCAGAAGACGUGUGUCGACAUUGACGACUGUGCCGACUCACCAUGCUGCCAGCAGGUCUGCACCAACAGCCCUGGCGGGUACGAGUGCAGCUGCUACGCCGGCUACCAGCUCAGCCAUGAUGGGUGCGGGUGUGAGGACGUGGACGAGUGUGCGUCCAGCCGAGGCGGCUGUGAGCACCACUGCAUCAACCUGGUCGGCUCCUUCCAGUGUUCCUGUGAGGUUGGCUUCCGGCUGGACGAGGACCGCAGGGGCUGCACCUCCCUGGAGGUGGCCGAGGUGGACCUGGAUGGCCAGCUGCCCUUCGUGCGGCCCCUCCCACACGUCUCGGUGCUGCGGGACCAGCUGCCCCACCUCUUCCAGGAUGACUACAUGGGCGCCGAGGAGGAGGAGGAGGCAGAGGCCCGGGGCGAACACACGCUGGCGGAGAAGUUUGUCUGCCUGGAUGACUCCUUCGGCCCAGACUGCAGCCUGACCUGUGAUGACUGCAGGAAUGGAGGGGCCUGCCUCCCGGGCCUGGACGGCUGCGACUGCCCCGAGGGCUGGACCGGGCUUGUCUGCAACGAGACUUGUCCUCCGGACACCUUCGGGAAGAACUGCAGCUCGUCCUGCAGCUGUCAGAACGGUGGGGCCUGCGACCCCGUGACGGGGGCCUGCCGCUGCCCUCCAGGCGUCAGUGGAGCCCACUGUGAGGAUGGCUGCCCCAAGGGUUUCUACGGCAAACAGUGCCUCAAGAAGUGUAACUGUGCCAACCAGGGCCGCUGCCACCGCCUCUAUGGGGCCUGCCUCUGUGACCCAGGUCUCUACGGCCGCUACUGCCGCCUGGCCUGCCCGCCGUGGGCCUUCGGGCCGGGCUGCUCUGAGGAGUGCAGGUGUGAGCAGCGGAACACGCAGGCGUGCGACAGCCGGGACGGCAGCUGUCUCUGCAAGGCGGGCUUCAGGGGCAAGCGGUGCCAGGACGAGUGUGAGCCUGGCUUUUUCGGGCCGGGGUGUCGGCAGGCAUGUGUCUGUCCUCCGGGCUUGGACUGUGACCCCGUCAGUGGCGAGUGUGGGAAGCAGUGUCCUGCUGGCUACCGGGGGAAGGAUUGUGACCAAGAAUGCCCAGCGGGGACGUUUGGUGUGAACUGCUCAGGCUCCUGCUCCUGUAGCGGGGCCCCAUGCGACAGGGUCACGGGGCAGUGCCUGUGCCCACCUGGGAGGACCGGGGAUGACUGCGGGGCAGAUUGCCCCGAGGGCCGCUGGGGGCUUGGCUGCCAGGAGAUCUGCCCUGCAUGCGAGCACAGUGCUGCCUGUGAGCCUGAGACUGGAGCCUGCCGGUGCCACCCCGGUUACACGGGCAGCCGCUGCCAGGACGUUUGCCCGGCAGGCUGGUUUGGGCUGGACUGCCACAUGAGGUGCUCCUGUGCCAAUGACGGGCACUGCCACCCAGUGACCGGACGUUGCAGUUGUGCCCCUGGGUGGACCGGCCUCAGCUGCCAGUCAGCCUGUGACAGCGGGCACUGGGGACCUGACUGCAGCCACGCCUGCAACUGCAGCGCAGGCCAUGGGAGCUGCGACGCUGGCAGCGGCCUGUGCCUGUGCGAGGCCGGCUACGUGGGCCCGCGGUGCGAGCAGCGGUGUCCCCAGGGCCGCUUUGGGCCGGGCUGUGGGCGGCGGUGCCAGUGUGAGCACGGGGCAGCCUGUGACCACGUCAGCGGGGCCUGCACCUGUCCGGCUGGCUGGAGAGGCACUUUCUGCGAGCUCGCCUGCCCGGCCGGCUUCUUUGGACUGGACUGCCAUCGUGCCUGUGACUGUACUGCGGGGACCCCCUGUGACGCUGUGAGCGGCACCUGCCUCUGUCCUGCUGGCCGCCGGGGCCCCCGCUGCGCCCAGACCUGCCCAGCCCUCACCUAUGGGCACAACUGCAGCCAGGCCUGCUCCUGCUUCAAUGGGGCCUCCUGUGACCCGGUACAUGGGCAGUGCCACUGUGGCCCUGGCUGGACGGGCCCCACCUGCCUGCAGGCCUGCCCCGAGGGUCUGCACGGCGAGAAUUGUCAGCAUUCCUGCCUCUGCCAGAACGGGGGCUCCUGUGACCCUGUCUCAGGCUACUGCACCUGCCCAGAGGGCUGGACCGGCCUGGCCUGUGAGAAGGAGUGCCUCCCAGGGCGCUUCGGAGCCGGCUGCCAGCACAGCUGCAGGUGUCUCAACGGCGGCCUCUGUGACCGGCACACGGGCCGCUGCCUCUGCCCGGCUGGCUGGACCGGAGACAAGUGCCAGAGACCCUGUGCCGGGGGCACGUUUGGGGCUCACUGCAAGGAACACUGUGCCUGCCGGCGGGGAGCCACCUGCCACCACGUCACCGGGGCCUGCCUCUGCACCCCAGGAUGGAGGGGUUUACUCUGCGAUAAUGCCUGUCCGCAUGGCUGGUUUGGAGAGGGUUGCACCCAGCGCUGCCAGUGCCCACCUGGCACGGCCUGCCACCACAUCACUGGGGAUUGCCGCUGUCCCCCAGGCUUCACUGGGUCUGGCUGUGAGCAGGCCUGCCCACCCAGCACCUUUGGGGACAGCUGUGGGCAGAAGUGCCAGUGUCCCGGCGGGAACCAGGCCUGCCACCCUGCCUCGGGGGCCUGCGUGUGCGCUGCUGGCUACCACGGCACCGGCUGCCAGCAACGUUGCCCACCCGGGCGCUUUGGGCCUGGCUGUGAGCAGCUGUGUGGAUGUCUCAACGGGGGCUCCUGUGACGCGGCCACGGGGGCCUGCCACUGCCCCGCUGGGUUCCUAGGGACAGACUGCAGCCUCACCUGUCCGCAGGGCCGCUUCGGCCCCAGCUGUGCGCACGUAUGCAGAUGUGGGCAGGGGGCAGCCUGUGACCCUGUGACUGGCACCUGCACCUGCCCCCCAGGGAGGACCGGCACCCACUGUGAGCGUGGCUGUCCGCAGAACCGGUUUGGCAUGAGCUGUGAGCACGUGUGCUCCUGCAGAAACGGAGGCCUGUGCCACGCUGCCAACGGCAGCUGCUCCUGUGGCCUGGGCUGGACGGGGCUGCACUGUGAGCUGGCCUGCCCUGCUGGGCGCUACGGGGCCGCCUGCCGCCUGGAGUGCUCUUGUCACAACAACGGCACCUGUGAGCCCGUCACGGGCGCCUGCCACUGCGGCCCUGGCUUCUACGGCCAGGCCUGCGAGCACUCCUGUCCCCCUGGCUUCCACGGGGCUGGCUGCCAGGGGGCGUGCAAGUGUCAGCAUGGAGCCCCCUGCCACCCCGUCAGCGGCCAGUGUCUCUGCCCCGCUGGCCUCCACGGCCCGCUCUGCGAGAGGGGGUGUGAGCCAGGCUCAUUCGGAGAGGGCUGCCGCCAGCGGUGUGACUGUGAGGGUGGGGCACCCUGCGACCCCGUCACUGGCCACUGCCUUUGCCCCCCAGGGCGCAUGGGGGCCACCUGUGACCUUGACUGCAGAGUGGGCUUUUUCGGGCCGGGCUGUGCCCUGCGCUGUGCCUGUGGGGGUGGGGCCGACUGCGACCCCGUCAGCGGGCAGUGCCACUGCGUGGAUGGCUACACAGGGCCCAUGUGCCGGCAAGGUGGGCCUCUCCAGCUCUCUGAGAUCCCGUCCCCAGCCCUGGGCCCAGCAGCCUCACACUCAGCCCCUCACAAACCAGCGCCCGGGAUACGCGGCAGGGCAGAGAGGCACUAGCUCAGAGGCAGCCCCUGCCGGGGACCACCUCCUGGGUGCCGCCAAAGGGACCCGAGGGCUUUGGUGACAACUAAAGAGAGACGCCCGUGGGCCAAGACUCCUGCUUAACCCUUGCCUCCAAGGGCUGUGGACAGCUGCACAGCCUCUCGCUCUGCAAGGAUCAUCUGACCUCGAGGAGGGAGGCCCCGCUGGGCCCGGCUCCACAGAGCCCAGACGAGUGGAGGGGCCUGGGCCAUACACCUGCGCCGGCCACCUGUGCUGAGGACGCCCGGCUCUUUGGGCUGCUGGGUCGGGACUGAGGGCAGGUGUGGACGCAGGUGCAGGCGUGGGGCCCUGCCCUGCGAGCAGGUUCUUUGGUGCUAGGCCCUGGGACUACUGCAGCUCAGCCUGUUUACCUGGAAUGUCGCCCAGCUGUAUUUAUAGGAUGGUAUUUAUGGGCAGCUGGACGCACUCGCUGCACCCCUGGGUGCUGGAAGGCUGCCCGUGUCCUUCCCUGCCCCAGAAAGCCCUGACUCAGGACUGUGUGGCCCUGGGGGGCCUCGGGGCGGUGGGCUCUGGUACCUUGUGAAAUCCAGUAAAUUAAGAGCA